UGUGAAAAGCCUAGAAGUGUCACUGAUGCUGAGCUAUUUUUACACAGGCAAGUAAAACGAAACUUACAGGGUUUCAUUUCCUUCAACAAAAGUAGUUUCAUUUCAUAUGCCAGCUAAAAUGUGCUCUAGACCGAAAGUAAUGGAAAACGUUGAAAAGUCACCCAGAAAACAACCAGAGUCCUCAAGGUUUUGGGUCCCACCUUUGUCCGGUGUUCUACUCUGUUUAAUUGUCUCCAUUGCAAUAAUAUGGAUUCAGAUUUUUAAACAAGAAAAACAUGAGUUGGAUGACAUAGUCCUUAAUCCAGAUGAAGAGCUCCGGAUUCUCCUGGUCGGAAAAACAGGGGUGGGGAAAAGUGCAACAGGCAACACCAUUCUAGGCCAAAAUGUUUUUAAAUCUGAGAUAUCCUCCUCCUCUGUGACUGCACAGUGUACAAAAAUUCAUGCACUAGUGAAUGGAAGAAAAGUGUCCGUCAUCGACUCCCCGGGUUUGUUUGACACCAGCUUGAGUGCAGAUGAGGUGAUUGACAGAAUCAAACUCUGUAUUCCUCUCUCUUCUCCUGGUCCACAUGUGUUCUUAGUUGUGAUUCAGUUGGGUAGAUUUACAGAUGAAGAAGCAAAAGCAGUUAAAAUCAUCCAAGCAAUAUUUGGUAAAGAAGCAUCCACAUACACCAUGGUCCUGUUCACUCAUGGAGAUCGAUUGGAAGAUAAAAACAUUCACACAUUUGUACGUAACAGUGAAAAACUGAUCAGUUUCAUCAAAACUUGCAAUGGACGAUACCAUGUGUUUAACAACGAAGAUAAGAAUCCAGAUCAGGUCAUUCAGUUGCUGGACCAGAUUGAUAAAUUAGUGACCGGAAAUGGUGGGCAGUAUUACACCACUGAGAUGCUUGAGAAGGUGGAGAGAAUGAUUGAGAAAGAGAAGAAACGUAUCCUGAAAGAGGCAGAGGAGCGAAAACAGAAGGAAAUCGAAGCUCUUAGGGAGAAACUUGAAGAUGAGGCAUUUGAGAAAGCAAAAGAAAGAUUAAAUAAGGAAUAUGACCAGAUUGCAAGAAAGCAAGCUGAGAUUGACUUCCCAUUUGUACUAAAAAUGCUCACGUCUUUGGCUAUGGUGUUAAAAGAUUUUUUUUUUUGAAAGCCUUCUAAUAUGCCUUAUAAAAAUGUCUGGCUACUAAAAGAUUAUUUUUAAUAUUUUAAAUGCUUCAGGGUGCCAACUGUGUGAAUGUCUUUGAUACUCUUAAUUCUGUGCUUAUAAUUCAGUCUACUCUAGAAUGUGGUGUUAAUUGGUUUAAAAUGCAAAUUAGGAUGCUUAAACUAUUUUCACUGUAAUAAUAUACCUGGGAAGAAAAGCAGCCAAGGAUAAUAUUCAGCAAGACAGUAACGUACGGGAUAAAUCUAAUCUUAAAGUGUAAUCUAAAAUUGUAAAUUUAACAAGGUAAUGGUAUAUUUUACAUAUUAUAAAAUUACAUUUAGGACCGUUUUGUAUUUUGAAUGACUAGAUUGCCCGGUUUGCCAAUAAAGAUGUUCCUGUGUGCCA